GUCGGAAUACGGAAAACACGACCCGGAAAUCGUAAAUCUCGAAAAAAAUGCACUUAGUCGGAUGGAUAUAUCUUCUGGUGGGUCUGUCUCUGGUGACCGACCUGGUACAGGCUUCAGUGGGUCUUCCCUCUUCCAUGAAGCGAUGCAAGUGGCAGGAUGAAGCCUGUGUCGUGGAUCAGGCCAACAUCUUCUUCAAGGCUUUCAAGAACGGAAUCCCAGAGAGACAAGUGGCGAGCAUGGACCCCUUGGAGCUGGGUACCAUGCGAAUCGAAAGCGGCGGUCACUCGGACUCGCUGCAAUUCAAGCUCACCUUGUCCGACUCCAAGCUGUACAACUUCGCCCAGUCGGUGAAGGUGAAGGGCAUCAAGGGCUUCAGCAAGGACCUGACCAAGCCCCUAAAGAUCACCGUGCUCAUGCAGGCCUCGGAUCUGGAGGUGCGUGCCAAGUACGAUGUGGACGGCAAGCUGCUCAUCCUGCCGAUUGUCAGCACAGGAACUGCGGUCAUCAAGCUCUCGGAUGUCCAUUCCAAGUCGAGGAUACUGGUUGAGCCUGUCAAGCGGUCGGAUGGUCAUACCUAUCUAAAUGUUACGGACUUUAGAAUCACCACCAAGCUGAGGAACGGUAGCUUCAAUAUGAGCAACUUGUUCAACGACAACGUGGAGCUCCGCGAGAGCACUCUCAAGGUCCUCAACCAGGAGUGGGAUGCCCUCGCCGCCGAUGUCCAGCCGGCCUUCAACGUGGCCUGCGGCAGAUCCUUUAAAAAUAUCCUACAAGGACUGUGGAACGAUAUACCUUACGAUGAAUUCUUCGAAGAUGAGUAAUCUCUUACAAAAUAUUAAACCAUUAAAGUUUAAAAUUAAUAAAAUAAUCAUUGCAAAAGUUGAA